AUUCCUGUCUUCUCUUGAAUAAUAUACUUUUUUUUUUUUACCAAUUUUACUCCCACAGAUGACCACAGUCGAGUGAAGUUAAGGCCUUUACCAGGAAAAGAUUCUAAGCACAGUGACUACAUUAAUGCAAACUAUGUUGACGGCUACAACAAAGCGAAAGCCUACGUGGCCACGCAGGGACCUCUCAAGUCAACAUUUGAAGAUUUCUGGAGGAUGGUUUGGGAGCAGAACACUGGAAUCAUCAUCAUGAUCACAAACCUUGUGGAGAAAGGAAGGAGAAAAUGUGACCAGUACUGGCCAACAGAGAACAGUGAGGAAUAUGGUAACAUUAUCGUCACACUGAAGAGCACAAAGGUUCACGCCUGCUACACUGUCCGUCGUUUUUCAGUGAGAAAUACUAAAGUGAAAAAGGGCCAGAAGGGAAACCCUAAAGGUCGCCAGAAUGAAAGAAUUGUGAUCCAGUAUCACUACACACAGUGGCCUGACAUGGGAGUGCCAGAAUACGCCCUCCCUGUGCUGACCUUCGUGAGGAGGUCAUCCGCAGCUAGGACACCAGACAUGGGGCCCGUGCUCGUCCACUGCAGUGCUGGAGUGGGCAGGACGGGCACCUACAUCGUCAUAGAUAGCAUGUUGCAGCAGAUCAAAGACAAAAGCACAGUUAACGUCCUGGGAUUCUUGAAACACAUCAGGACGCAGCGGAACUACCUCGUCCAGACAGAG